ACACUCACUGUGAAGAAGGAUGAUAUCCAGCAGAUGAACCCACCCAAAUUCUACCAGGCCAGCGACAUGGCAGACAUGACCUUCCUGAAUGAGGCCAGUGUCCUAGACAAUCUGCGCCAACGCUACACCAACAUGAGGAUCUACACCUACUCGGGCUUGUUCUGCGUGACAGUCAACCCCUACAAGUGGCUGCCCAUCUACGGGGCCCGUGUGGCCAACAUGUACAAGGGCAAGAAGCGCACAGAGAUGCCACCUCACCUCUUCUCCAUCUCUGACAACGCCUACCACGACAUGCUCAUGGAUCGUGAAAAUCAGUCCAUGCUAAUCACCGGAGAAUCUGGUGCUGGUAAGACUGAGAACACGAAGAAGGUCAUCCAGUACUUUGCCAACAUCGGAGGAACUGGCAAACAGACCACAGAUAAGAAGGGGUCUCUGGAGGAUCAAAUCAUCCAGGCAAACCCUGUGCUGGAGGCCUUCGGGAACGCCAAGACCACCAGGAACAACAACUCCUCUCGCUUC